CUCCCUCCUCGGCGCACACCCCACCUCCGUGCGGUCGCUCCGCGCGGGCCCCCGGGCUCCAUUUUCUCGGGACGGGUACACUUGGAACCGCGCCUCGGGGCAGGAUAGGGAGGCCCCGGCGGCAGGAGAGGCAGAGGAGGCCUCGGGGCGUGGAGGAAACACCGGGAUUUGGGAGGAGUCGGAGCUGCGGUCGCUGGGCGCCGGGGAGAGGGCGGUGUGGAGCGGCGAGAGGCCAGAGGCCAAGGCGCGGCGGAGCUAAGUAGCGAUGGCGAGGAGCCCCGGGCGCCCGUGCGUGCUGCUGCUUCUCCUGAUCUGCUUUAACUUUGGAAAUGGACUUCACUUUGAGGCCUUAAACACCAGAAGCAAAAAUCAGCUGCUUCCUAAACAUACUCACCUAGUACGGCAAAAGCGGGCCUGGAUCACCGCCCCUGUGGCUCUGAGGGAAGGAGAGGAUCUGUCCAAAAAGAAUCCAAUUGCCAAGAUCCAUUCUGAUAUUGCAGAAGAAAGAGGACUAAAAAUUACUUACAAAUACACUGGAAAAGGGAUCACAGAGCCACCAUUUGGUAUAUUUGUCUUUAAUCCAAGCACUGGAGAACUGAAUGUUACUAGCAUUCUUGAUCGAGAAGAAACACCAUAUUUUCUGCUAAUGGGUUAUGCUUUGGAUGAAAAAGGAAACAAUCUUGAGAAACCUUUAGAACUACGGAUUAAGGUUCUUGAUAUCAAUGACAAUGAGCCAGUGUUCACACAGGAAGUCUUCCUGGGGUCCGUUGAAGAGUUGAGUGCAGCAAAUACACUUGUGAUGAAAAUCACCGCAAUAGAUGCAGAUGAGCCCAAUACCAUGAAUUCUAAGGUUUCCUACAGAAUCGUGUCUCAGGAGCCUGCAUAUCCUCCAGUGUUCUACCUAAAUAAAGAUACGGGAGAGAUUUAUACAACCAGUAUUACAUUGGACAGAGAGGAACACAGCAGCUACUCUUUGACAGUAGAAGCAAGAGAUGGCAAUGGACAAAUAACAGACAAACCAGUCAAACAAGCUCAAGUUCAGAUUCGUAUUUUGGAUGUCAAUGACAAUAUCCCUGUAACGGAAAAUGAAAUGUACGAAGGAACGAUUGAAGAAAAUCAAGUCAAUGUAGAAGUCAUGCGCAUAAAAGUGACCGAUGCAGAUGAAAUAGGUUCUGAUAAUUGGUUAGCAAAUUUUACAUUUGCAUCAGGAAACGAAGGGGGUUAUUUCCACAUAGAAACUGAUGCCCUGACCAAUGAAGGCAUUGUGACCCUUAUUAAGGAAGUUGAUUAUGAACAAAUGAAGACUCUUGACUUCAGUAUCAUUGUCACCAAUAAAGCAGCUUUUCACAAGUCCAUUAGGAAUAAAUAUAAGCCCACAUCCAUCCCCAUCAAAGUAAAGGUGAAAAACGUGAAAGAAGGCAUUCAUUUUAGAAGCAGCACAAUUUCUUUCCGUGCUAGUGAAGGAAUGGAUAAGUCAAGCGAAGGCUUAUCGAUUGGAAAAUUUCAAGUUUUUGAUGAAGACACUGGACAACCAGCUCAAGUAAAAUAUGCCAAAUUGGAAGAUAAAGACAACUGGGUUUCUGUGGAUCCUGUCACAUCAGAAAUUAAACUUGUAAAAAUUCCUGAUUUUGAAUCUAGAUAUGUCCAAAAUGGUACAUACACUGUAAAGAUUAUGGCUAUAUCAGACGAUUAUCCUAGAAAAACCAUCACUGGCACCGUCCUUAUCACAGUUGAAGACAUCAAUGACAACUGCCCCACAUUGGUGGACCCAGUGCAAAACAUCUGUGAGAAUGUGCCGUACGUGAACGUUACUGCAGAGGACCUUGAUGGAUACCUGAACAGUGAGCCAUUCAGCUUCUCUAUCAUUGAUGAACCACCUGGAAUGGCAGAAAAAUGGAAAAUAAUACGACAAGAAAGUACCAGUGUGCUGCUGCAACAAAGCGAACAGAAGCUGGGGAGGAGUGAGAUUCAGUUCCUGAUUUCAGACAGUCAAGGCUUGAGUUGUCCUGAGAAGCAGAUCCUUAAGCUCACCGUUUGUGAAUGUCUGCAUGGCAGCGGCUGCGUGGAAGCCCAGCAUGACUCCUAUGUGGGCCUGGGACCCGCAGCAGUGGCUCUCAUGAUUUUGGCCCUUCUACUCUUGCUACUUGUGCCACUUCUGCUGCUGAUGUGCCAUUGUGGAGAGGGCGCCAAAGGCUUUACGCCCAUACCUGGGACUAUUGAGAUGCUGCACCCUUGGAAUAAUGAAGGGGCGCCACCUGAAGACAAGGUGGUGCCAACCCUGCUGGCAGUGGAUCAUGCGGAGAAUCCAGCAGUAAGAAAUGGAGUAGGAGGUACAAUGGCCAAGGAAGCCACCAUGAAAGGAAGUAGCUCUGCUUCCUUUACCAAAGCGCAGCAUAAUUUGUCGGCGAUGGAUGGAAGAUGGGAAGAACAUAGAAGCCUCCUUUCUAGUGGGGCAACCCAGAUUAUGGGGACAACAGGAGGUAUGGUGGGUGGUGCUGAAACCAUGAGGACCACAAGAGCUACAGGGGCUUCCGGAAACAUGGCUGGAGCUCGAGCAGGUGCUGUGGCAGUGAAUGAGGAGUUCUUAAGAAAUUAUUUCACUGAGAAAGUGGCUUCCUACACUGAGGAAGAUGACGUUCACAUGGCCAAGGACUGCCUUUUGGUUUAUUCUCAGGAAGAAACGGAAUCUCUACAUGGCUCCGUCGGCUGCUGCAGUUUUAUUGAAGGAGAGCUAGAUGACCGCUUCUUAGAUGACUUGGGACUUAAAUUCAAGACACUCGCUGAAGUUUGCUUGGGUCAAAAGAUAGAUAUGGAUAUGGAAAUAGAGCAGAGGCAAAAACCUGUUAAAGACACAAGUAUGAAUACAGCUCCACGGUCACUCUAUGACCAAACUGUGGUGAACUCAGAGACUUCCUACUCCUCUGGCAGCAGCUUCCAAGUUCCAAAAUCUCUGCAUGAAGCAAAUGCAGAAAAAGUAACUCAGGAAAUAGUCACCGAAAGAUCUGUAUCUUCCAGGCAGGGUCAAAAGGUAGCACCACCUCUUGCCGAGCCCUUGCCUUCUGGUAAUAUCAUAAUGACAGAAACGUCCUAUGCCACGGGCUCCUCUAUACCACCAAACACUGUGAUCCUGGGUCCUAGACAGCCCCAGAAUCUCAUUGUGACCGAGAGGGUAUAUGCUCCAGCUUCCACCUUGGUGGAUCAGCAUUAUGCUAAUGAGGGUAAUGUCAUGGUAACUGAAAGAGUAAUUCAGCCCAACGGAGGUGUCCCUAAUCCUCUGGAGGGUUCCCAGCAUCUGCAGGAUGCACAGUAUGUUAUGGUGAGGGAGAGAGAGAGAGUCCUUGCCCCAAGCUCAGGGGUGCAAUCCACUCUGGUUGUGCCCAAUGUGGCAGUAGGACAGAACGUGACAGUGACUGAAAGAGUACUAACACCUGCUUCUACUCUGCAAUCCAGUCACCAAAUUCCCAUUGAAACCUCUGUGAAGGCCAGAAAUAUGAUGGUUUCUGGUGCAGGGGUCUCUGACCCUCUGUCGAAUUUUGGUUUAGAGGAAACUGGUCAUUCUAAUUCUACCAUCACCACAUCUUCCACCAGGGUCACCAAGCAUAGCACUGUGCAACAUUCGUACUCUUAAGCUGCCACCAGCCACAGGCUGACCCAGAGCUUAGCCAUCAGGAAUUGGCUCUAUGGUUUCCUUGUCCCUGGUCUUUUGUAAGCCUUUCAGACAUGCAGAGACAUGUAUGCAUUGAGCUUAAAUUUUUUCUCUGCUUCCAUGGGUUAUAUUUCAGAGUUGCCCUGUGAUUUACUGAGGACAUAGUGAUGAUGCUGUUUCUGAAGUGCCUUUUAGUGAGCUAUACAAACAAUAUUUGUAAAACAAAACAGAGGAAAUGUGGCUUCUGAGAAUUUACCAAAUUAAUAUGAAGUAUCCAGUUCAUCAGCCGUCCAGCAGAGCAACCCAAGAAACUGUCUGGGUCUCUGUCUACCAUCAUAACAUGGAACUUUGCCCAUUCUCUUGCCCAUGACUGCACCUUACAGAUUAUUAGCAGCUCAUUUUUCCAAAAAUACAUCAACAGUCUGGGCUACCAAUUUUAUUGUUGGUUUUCUUUAAGACUGGAACCCUUUAAAUUGUGUAAAAAUGUUGAAAUUCUAGAUUGCUGACAUGGGAAGAACACACAUUAUAGUUUGUAUACAUGACACCCUGCACAUGUGUAUCAUGGUCUUAAAAAUGGCAUCGUGUCUUCUUGUCUCUCAGCAGUCAUGACAUUUUUGAAUGCUUCAUAUUCAGCUUAAAAUCUAGGACAAAAUUUAUAAAUAUAAGAUAAUUUUACUUAUUAUAAUAAUUAAAUGCUUUGAAAAAAAAAAAAAACUCAGGAUAUAUUAUCUUCUUACUAGUCACUUUAUAGUGCAGCUAAACUCACCAGCUACUAUGGUAGGAAUAGUGCCUGGUUCAUGACCUUAUGUCCUCAGUGCCUAGCAUGGAUGUCAAAUAAAUAUUUGUGGAAUUAAAUUGAAUUUUACAAACCAUUCUCUUUUAUAUUCAGUUGCCCAAGACAUCAAAAGACCCUAGGAUCCUAUAAUUAUAAUUUCAAAUUAUGAUUCAAUUCUGAUGUCCCAAAGUUAUUGACUGGUCAUGACUUAGUACAUGAGUAGUAAAUAUUACAUUUGAAAAUAAUAAUAAUAACUGGCCUGAUUUGGGUUGUUUGGCUCCUAAAUUGUAUUGUAUUGCUCCUAGAAAUGUUCAAAAUACAUUUAUACAUAUACUGACAUUUAUAUGUCAGUAAUAAUUUGUAUAUCUAUUUCCAAUAACAAAGUAAUUUUCUUAACUUUUCUAGACUAAUUUCUGGACAUUUAAGAUAUUUUGCUAGGAAAAUGAAACUUUCUUUUGGUAGUACUGGGGGUCAAAUCGAAAGCUUCACAUGUUAGGCAAACACUGUACUGUCAAGUUAUGCCCCCAACCCCAGAAUUGAAAUGUUUUAUAGACAUUUUUUAAAAUAUUCUUUACUUGAAUUGUAUUAUGAAAGGAAUAUACAAUGUGUUCCACUAAAUGUAUAUAGUGAGGGCAUAUAUUUUAGAGAUCAUAAGCUGUGGCUAAGAUGAAGUCCACUCUUCUUCCAUGAUCUAGAAUUGUUUUCUCUCCAGUUGGUAAUUUUUCUGUUUUGUUUUGUUUUUAUUGUAGUCUUAGUUGUAUUUUGCCAAAUAUGCAGGAGUAUCCUUGCCGUGUGAAAAUAUAGAUAUGACCUAUGUCCCUAAAACAAACAAAACUUGAUCUUAGGCCUCCUGGGGCAGGCGUGGAAAACAAACCUGUCGUGUGUGUAUAUAUAACAUAAUCACAUGUUCUAAAUGGUUUUCUUUGUUCCUAAAAAAGGUACUUUGCAUUAGUUUUUGCAUUUGUUCCUUGGUAGAUUAUAUUUGUAUGUGUAUUAUCAUAAAAUAUUUAAAUAAAAAGACUACUUUAAAGGGA